UGUCAAUGUGACAACCGAACGAGCGGCUGCAGAUGCGCCUCUGAACGCGGAGGAAGGAGGAGGUUGUCAGUGCGAGGGACUCUAAAAAGCUUCCAGACGGCUCUCACCUGGUGGAUUUUGCCUCACUCGCACGGCAAAAUCUUAACGUUAGGAGCGCGAACCGCUGUUAUUUCUCCAUCUGCGUUAAAAGAAGACCACGCGCGCUUAUUUUCAUUUGCGUGCGGCGGACUUUCCGCUCUCUGGAGCACUGCGCUAUAGAUGAACGGAAUACAUGUCGUUUUAUUGACCGGAAUGACUUGCGCUGAAACGGUAGAAGUGGAUUAGGCUGAUGAUGGCAUCAUCUGUAGUAUUAAAUGAAAUGAACGACCUUGCUUCUGCCUAGCUGAAACCGCUGCUACCUGAGGUUUAAUGGUGACCUUUUUACCUUUAUCUGCCCAAGCAGUAAAAUUUCAUACACCACCUUCAAUCUGAAUUACGGGAGAUUUGGUGACGGGACAUCGCAUCUGUUGACAGCACAUCAGUCAGGGCCUAGGGAAGGCCCUCUGUUGGAUUCAAGUGAUCACCACAAAUGGUGCUUUUGCCACAAAAUCUUUAAGGACCAACUACUUGCUGGUGGGAAUUGCGCCAAUAUGAAGGACAUAUCAUUUGCGGAUUAUUUGCUAGUGGGUCUUGCAGUGACUACCUUGGUUUUUGCUGCAGAAGAGAGAGUCAGUUGUCCCAAACUUUGCGUAUGUGAGAUUAGACCCUGGUUUUCCCCUAGCUCUGUCUAUAUGGAGGCUCCCACUGUUGACUGUAAUGACCUCGGACUUUUUAACCUGCCCAUGAGAUUGCCAUCUGAUACACAAGUCGUUUUACUGCAGACCAACAACAUUGCUAAGAUUGAGCGUCCUUUGGAUUACCUGCCAAACAUCACUGAAAUCGAUCUCUCACAAAACAACCUGUCAUCAAUAAGUGAUGUCAAUAUUGGCCACCUCCCUCAACUCUUAUCCCUACACAUGGAGGAAAACUGGAUAUGUGCCCUACCAGACAACAGCCUUUCUCAACUGACCAACCUUCAGGAGCUCUACCUAAAUCAUAACCUCAUCUCCUUCAUUUCUCCCGAGGCUUUUCGUGGCCUUCAGAGCUUGCUGAGGCUUCACCUCAAUUCCAACCGGCUUCAGACUAUAAAAAGCGAAUGGUUUGAGCCCUUACCAAAUUUGGAAAUUCUAAUGAUUGGGGAAAAUCCGGUCCUCUCUAUUCAGGGUAUGAACUUCAAGCCUCUGAGAAACCUUCGCAGCCUGGUUCUUACUAGAAUGAACCUGUCACAGAUACCAGAUGAUUCACUUCUGGGCCUUGACAAUCUGGAGAGUAUCUCAUUCUAUGAUAAUACAUUCCCUAAGGUACCCCAUGGUGCUCUCAGGCAUCUGAAGAGCCUCAAGUUUUUGGACCUUAAUAAAAACCCCAUUGGGCGAAUUCAAAGGGGUGACUUUGUGGACAUGCUCCAUCUUAAGGAGCUGGGCAUUAACAGCAUGCCUGAGUUGGUGUCCAUUGAUAGUUUUGCCCUCAACAACCUCCCAGAACUGACCAAAAUUGAAGCCACCAACAACCCCAAACUUUCCUACAUACAUCCAAAUGCUUUCUAUAGGCUGCCGAGGCUGGAAACACUAAUGUUAAAUGGUAAUGCUUUAAGUGCCCUCCACAGGAUCACAGUGGAGUCUCUUCCAAAUCUCCGGGAGGUUAGCAUGCACUCUAACCCUAUCCGCUGUGACUGUGUUGUACGGUGGAUGAACAUGAACAAGACAAACAUUCGCUUCAUGGAGCCUGAUUCCCUGUUCUGUGUGGAACCUCCAGAGUAUGAAGGUCAGCAUGUACGGCAGGUUCACUUCAGAGAGAUGAUGGAGAUCUGUCUGCCUCUCAUCUCUUCAGAAAGCCUCCCCGCACAAAUCAGUGUGGAAAGUGGGAGAUCUGUGUCUCUUCACUGCCGUGCCUUUGCUGAACCUGAGCCAGACAUUUACUGGGUGACUCCGUCAGGGAGAAGGGUCAUCCCAAAUGCUGUUUCUGCAAGAUUCUACAUGCACCCCGAAGGCACACUUGAUAUUUAUGAUAUUACUGAGAGCGAGGCUGGAUUGUACACAUGUGUGGCACACAAUCUUGUUGGGGCAGACCUGAAAUCUGUCUCAGUGGAGGUAAAUGGAUACUUCCCACAACCGGUCAAUGACUCAAUGAAUGUCAACAUCGAAUCUGUACAGACCAACUCUGUGUUGAUAUCCUGGAAUGCCUCUCAUGGUAGCCUGGCACCUAACAUUAAGUGGUAUACAUUGCCCACGGCAAACCAUCCAACAGUGGCAUUCACAGCUAGGGUACCAUCUGACGUGACUGUAUAUAAUCUCACACAUCUCAGCCCUGCUACACGGUACAAAGUGUGCGUGGACAUUCACAGCAUCCAUCAUAAACACGACACUAGGUGUGUCAAUGUCCAAACUAAAGGAUUAGAACAAGCCGUAAAGGACUCCGAGAGGUGGGACAUGGCACUGAUUGCUGCUUUUGGUGUGCUUUUCAUUGUGAUCUCAGUGGCUUGCAUUCUGAUUUAUGUCUUUAUGAGGAACCUCUGCAUUUAUGGAGAACUGAAGCGAUACCCUUCCAAAAUGGCUCUGAUGUCUGAGACCAUCCAGCAGUCUCCCUUUACAAGGCUCUGGAUUUCUGGGAAAGGGAUGCCAGCUGCUGUUGAGGUGAAAGCCACAGUCAUAAAUGUGUUGGACAAUGCAUUUUAAGCUGCACCUGUAGAGGACCACAAAAACUACAAGCAAAUUGACAAGGCAAGAGCGGAGAACUUGCUGUUCCAACUUGCCAUUUAUCUUUUUGCCUUGAAACAGACAUCAAAUUCAUAUGGAAGGGAUGUCUAAAAAUCUAUAACUAGCUCUAUAGCCCCUCAUCACGAGCUGUCAGAUGUGGCAAGUGGCAAUGGAACAGUGGUAACUAGCGAGAGGUAGAGACUUGCUGCUAAAAUAUGCAGUGUAAUAUUUCUAGGCCAUUCACUGAAAACAGAUGAUAUUAAGACAUCAGGAAGGUGUUGUUUCUCAUACCUGACUGUUAAAUGUGUAAAGAGUAGUGGAACAGUCCUUGUGGUCCCAAGCAAUACCGUCUGUGCUGUACGACAACCACAUAGGCGUGUUAGAGACCCGACUGUUUGUUGAGAAGGAAAUCUAGUAGAAUAGAAGAUUACGGUGAUUAUGAUGUGAACUUUUGAUGAAAUAUGUCGUUUUUCUAUUUAAAAACAGAUCUGUCUUUUCAUGCCUAAAAUUGUUAUAUAUUCUAUCCAGAAAUGUAACAGGUAUCUUCUGUGCAGUAGCCAGGCAGUAAACAAGUGUGAAUUACUUACAGUAUGAAAGAUACAACUUAAGUAACGAGACUACACAUUUGCUGAAUAAAACACAAAUGUACAUCUUAAGGAAUCUAUAUACAUAAAUAUAUAUUAUAUUUGAUUAUAUUACUAUCAGGACUGGAUGUUGUUGAAUGCAGACACUUUAAAAGCAUCUCUCAGACAUAAAUUGCAGAAGGUUGAUCAUGACAGGGUAAGUGCCUACUCCUGAAUCUUAGACCAGAAAAAAGAGAAAAAAAAAACACUUUUGAAUGUUACUUAUAAUGGUUUCCUGAGAGAUCCCUGGAGAACAGAGCCAUGAUUCCAGCCUCACAUGCAAAUUUGUGCAACUACUAUAUGAGAAUUUUUAGCAUAAAAAUUUUAGUUUAAAAGCAUUGCGUCCUUGCUUUGAGUGUGAAAAAGCCAUUUUUAUAUUGACUGUGCUGUCUGUUCUACCCUAAGCAUAUUAGUCAAUGAGACCAAUGUGCUUAAGGUAAUGUAAAAACUAAAUAAAUGUCAGCGUUUUUUUUCUUCUCAUGUUGGAAUCAGUAUGUUUACUGAUCUAAGUUCUGGGGGGGGGAAAGCCUCACCUUGAGGCAAACAAACGUAACAAACGUGUCUUGAAGGAAUAGUUCAUCCAGAAAUUAAUGUUCUCAUGUUGUUGUGUUUUCCCAAACACAUAGGACUUUUUCUUCUGCAGAACACAAAAGAAGGUUAGCAUAAUCUCCAAGGUGCUCUUAUGUGUACAAUGAAAGUGAAUAGGAAUAGACACUGUCAAGUCAACAUGGAACAUGUGGCAGUGCAAAUGAGCAAUAAACAUAAAAAAAGGACCGUAAAUGAAUUGUUGUUUUGAAAAUAACAGCUUAGACAUUCUGCUAAACUUAUUGUGUUUCACAAAAGUACGUCAAAUGUGACUGAAACAACAGGGUCGGCAAAUGACAACAUUUUUAUUUUCUGGAGAACUAUUCUUCCAGUGGCAUAAAGAGGGGACUGCCUGGUUCAAGUCUAAGCCAAUCGAAUCAGCUGCAAAGAAUCACAUUGUAUUUGCUCCAUUUAAGAUCCAGCACAGACUCACAACCCAAAAAAUUACAAACAUGAUGAAUGCUCGUCAGCCACUGACUGACACGGAGGAUUUGUCAGACAGGCGUGCUCGUACAUCAGCGAGGCUUUCAGCAGUGCAGACAGGCCUUUUAGAGGCCGGCUAUCAGUCAAACACAAGGAGAGCUAAAUUAUAACUCAAGCUCUAUGCUGGCACUGUUCAGGCAGGCUGAAGUCCACAAGCCUUUGCCCUCCCUUUUCAGUCAUAUUGCAGGCUGAGGUGUUUCUGCAGCUACAGACAAGGUCACCAUGUACCUGUACUGCAUCAAAAGAAAAAUGAUAUAGUAGCAGAAGUAUGAUAAACCAGAGAAGCCUGCUACAGAUAGAAAGCAUUGGUACAAAAGUAAAAACUCAAUGACUAAUUAUGCAAGAUACAGUGGCAGCCAUGUUACAUCUGUUUUAAACCUGAUACAUCCUGAAUGAAUGGAAUCAGCAAGAUGUCACAAUUUAAUUCUUAAAGACGACAAAACAAAAUUAAAUGUGAUGAAUCCUCAAAUAUAUUUCCCAGCACCUCACACAGAUAAAAGAACUCCAAGGCUCUAACACGAUAUUAGAACUCAUCUGUCUGCAUUUUAAACCAUUUCUAGAUGAAUAACUUUUAUUAAGAAAGGAGUAGGAGAGAUUUUAAAAGCUUUAGGGGCCAAACAAUGAUAUCUUCUCUAUUUCACUAAACAGAUUUUUGUUGAACAAGCUACCUACACUGUCUAAGACAAAUUCAAUCCCAUAAUGCCUGAAAACAUGUUUAAUAUCACAGGAAAAUUCCUAACAACAGCCUUUUUCGCUUAGGUAGUCUAACUAAGGAGAAAUUAAACGUCCCAUAGUCCUGUUUGUUUAUGAGCCAAACCCAGCUGGACAUCUGAGUUAUUGCCCUAUGAAAAACUACAUAUUUGUACUUGGGCCUUUCCUGCAACACGCCACCGCUGCAAUAAAAAGUAAAAUGACGACAAUCAUUUAUAUUUCUUUCACAAGCACCCAGGGAUUUGGAUAAUUAUAGCACUUAUAAUCUCUGUGAGCUCACCCUGAUGUGAUCUGGCCUACAAAAUGUGGCUG